AUGUAUUUGGAUAUAAGUAAUUUUUUUGAUAAAUACUUGUUGAAACAUGACAAUCUUCCGUUCCUACCAUCCAGAACAAGGCAUGGGAAAGAUGUGAGCACUGCUGCGAACAAGUUCAACCUCAUCGGCGACAGCUAUGCCGUGGAGAAGGUUGAAAAUGGGCCGCACACCUGCCAACCGGCCCCGCCGCAACCGGAGACUUUCUGUACCUCAGAGCUGGUCAAGCGGCAGAUGGACGAUAGCAAGCUUUGUGGUGCUCUGAUCGACACCUCUGGUCCAUUUGGAGCCUGCUUGGCGAAGCACAAAAAGGAGGCGGAGCAAUUGCACGAAAGCUGUAUCAUUGACUUGUGCGCCAACGCCAAAGACGAGAAGGCACUCAAACGGUCUAAAUGCGAGAUAUUUAAGGUGGGCGGAACUUUUCUUUAA